AUGACAUCCGCUAUUCUCCCUUCGAUACAAUUGAGCAUCAACUACAAAGAGAUAAAAAGUAAAGUUAAAGAUUUCUUACUUCACUUCAAAGAAAAUUCAAGACAAAAUGAUGGUAACAACGCAGUAGAAUUACAACAACCUAUAAAUAUCGAUGACAACAAGAAUGCUGUGGGAUUAAAGUAUAUGAAUCUUCUUCAGGCAAUAGCCAAUAGGGAACUGGGCACUCUGUAUAUAGAUCUGGAUGACAUUCAAUUCUUCGAACAGACUCAAGGUUUUUUGAAUGACACAUCAUCUACGGGGGAAGAGGCAUUGUGCGAGAGAAUAGCAAAGAAUACUUAUCAUUUUAUUGAGCUCUUUAGCCAGGUAAUAGAUGAAAUCCUGCCAAAUCCUAAUGUGGACAUAAACUACAAGGAUGACGUGCUGGAUGUGAUACUACAUCAAAGAAAAUUAAGAAACUUGAGAAUUCAAGAAGAAGAACAACAAGAAAACUUUACUCUUUAUGACAGCACUUUACCUCAUCCAGAAUCCAACAGGAGAUCGCAAAAUUCCAACGAGGAGAUAAAUGCAUUUCCCGCUAAACUAAUUAGAAGAUAUUGCGUUUACUUCAGGCCCCUGUCGAACACUAAGGGGAAGAAGACACUUGCCGUCAGAGAAGUUAAGGGCGAUUAUUUGGGAACUCUGAUUACAGUGAGAGGAAUAAUCACCCGAGUUUCAGACGUUAAACCUGCUGUCCGUGUGAAUGCAUACACUUGUGACAGUUGUGGGUACGAGGUGUUUCAAGAAGUGACUACCAAAACAUUUACGCCACUAUCACAAUGUACGUCUCCACAAUGUAGUAACAACCAGAGCAAAGGCCAGUUAUUCAUGUCAACAAGAGCAUCUAAAUUUUCCGCAUUUCAAGAUGUAAAAAUUCAGGAGUUAUCCAACCAAGUUCCUGUGGGACAUAUUCCAAGAACAUUGAGCAUACAUGUCAACGGAGAUUUAGUUCGCUCAAUGAAUCCUGGUGAUAUAGUUGAUGUCUCGGGGAUAUUUUUACCGUCUCCGUAUACGGGGUUCAGAGCAUUGAAGGCAGGUCUUCUUACAGAAACAUAUUUAGAGGCACAAUCAAUCCGACAGCACAAAAACAAGUAUGGCAAGAAUAUCCUCACCUCAGAAGUAGAGACAAAGAUUCGAGAGAUACAGCAGGACGGAAACGUAUACAGUAGGCUAGCUUCUUCUAUUGCUCCUGAAAUUUUCGGACUCUUGGACGUCAAGAAGACCCUUCUGCUCCUACUCGUCGGAGGCGUUACAAAGGAGCUGGGUGAUGGUAUGAAAAUACGAGGGGAUAUUAAUGUCUGUUUGAUGGGUGAUCCUGGAGUCGCCAAGUCACAGUUGCUGAAAAGCAUAACACACAUCGCUCCGCGAGGGGUAUACACUACUGGUAAAGGUUCCUCUGGUGUGGGUUUAACUGCUGCAGUAAUGAGAGAUCCCAUCACAGACGAAAUGAUUCUUGAAGGAGGAGCUUUAGUUCUUGCAGACAACGGAAUAUGCUCCAUUGAUGAGUUUGAUAAGAUGGAUGAAAAUGAUAGAACCGCCAUUCAUGAAGUGAUGGAGCAGCAAACGAUUUCAAUUUCUAAAGCUGGUAUCACUACUACUCUUAAUGCAAGAACUUCUAUACUGGCUGCUGCAAACCCGCUUCACGGUAGAUAUAAUACUCGUAUCUCUCCCCAUGAGAAUAUCAACCUUCCUGCGGCACUCUUAUCAAGAUUUGAUGUCAUCUUCUUGCUACUAGAUAAACCGUCUCGAGAUGCGGAUGAAAGACUUGCUGAGCAUGUUGCAUAUGUUCACAUGCAUAAUAAACAUCCCGAAAUGGAGUUUGAGCCUUUGGACGCCAUUACCAUGAGACAAUAUAUCUCCAUGGCUAAGCAAUGCCGACCAGUUAUUUCCCAGCAGGUUUCAGAUUAUGUUGUCCAGUCGUACAUCAAGAUGAGAAAGGAAUCUAAAGAUACUGAUGGCUCAAAGAAACAGUUUUCGCAUGCAACUCCAAGAACACUUCUUGCCAUUCUGAGACUAUCUCAGGCCCUUGCAAGAAUUAGAUUUGAUUCUCUUGUCACUUUGGAGGACGUUGAUGAGGCUCUUAGGUUAAUUCAAGUGUCUAAGCAAUCACUGUAUGAUGAUGACACCGAAGUUGAAGAUUUCUCACCAACCACGAGAAUCUACCACUUCAUCAGAGGCGAGUUCCUAUCUAAUGGGAAAGAGCCUCUCGAUAUACUAGAUUUGAAAACUCGGUUAUUGAAUCGCAGCUUUACGGAAGUACAAAUCAAUCGCUGUAUCGACAAGUAUGAAGAUCUCAAUAUUUGGUGGCAAAUCAAUGGUGAAAAGCUGACACUGACGAAUAGAGACUAA